AUGUCGCAGGUUCAAAAUUGGCAGAUUUAUCGAUGGUCAACUGUUGGGCUUGCUCUCCUCGAUACGGUCGAUGAGCUCGUCCGAGACAACAUGAUCUCCGUCGAAAUGGCAAACAUUAUCAUGGCUCGGUAUGACGAAUCCGUCUGUUCCACGUUGAGGAAGAAAGUCGACUCGAAAUGCUCAUUCACUGCUAAAUGCCAAACGUUCAACCUCGUCGACGAAGUGUACCGAUUCUCACUCAAGAAUGUGCGCUUCAAGAUGGAAGCCGGCCAAGUCGUGACUGUCCCGACCAUGAAGAUUACCGCGCUCAAGAGUGGGACGCUUGACGAACUUGACGCUUCAGGAUCAUCCAACGUUGCGCCUGCAGCAGGCCCAAGCAAGAAGUCCUAA